UGUGUAACAGCUGGAAUGGCCAGUGGAACUGGUGGCAGUGAACUGCGCGAAGAGGCUGUAUGUUCAUCAGCGGUCCAAUUAUGUGCAAGCAAGAAGGCGGUGCAUGCCGCGGCCUCGUCCAGUUGUUAACGGCGCACAGAACUACGCUAGACUAGUAAGCAAAGCGAGCCCAUUUCUGUUCCAUGUCGACAGCCGACACACGGACAAGGAGCAGGAGGAGGAGGAGGCCGCAUGUGUCCCAGUUGACAAUGGGGUUGUUUCUGUAUGUCGCUGGUCCCAAGCCUACCGAAGCAACGGCCGACGAGAGUGCCGUGCGGUGUGAGGGGCUUCAUAACCAGACCUACGUGUGCGAGGUGGGACACUGCUGUGGCAACUCCCAGUGCUGCAGUUACUACUAUGAGCUCUGGUGGUUCUGGCUGGUGUGGGCCAUCAUCUUCCUGCUGAGCUGCUGCUGCGUGUGCCACCAUCGCCGCACCAAGCACCGGCUCCAGCAGCAGCAGCGGCAGCACGAGAUCAACCUCAUCGCCUACCGCGAGGCGCACAACUACAACGCCAUGCCCUUCUACAUGAGGUUCCUCCCCAACUCCCUGCUACCGGACUACGAGGAGGUUGUGAACCGGCCCCCGACGCCCCCUCCCCCCUACAGUGCCCUGCACUCGGCUGAGGCCGUCCUGCCCAGCGUCCGAGUCCACAGCCCCGGGGACCAGCCCUCGAGCCUCCUCCUACCCCCUUCUUCUCUCAACCACCACCACAUCAACACAAACACUACAACAACAGCCAACACUAACACACCCGCCAACACCACCACCAUUGGAUCCAUCAACACCAACAUCAACACAAGCCAAGUCCUGGACCCCUUGCUGCUCAGCACCCGGUCCAGCCCCCAGGAUGUUAUCAUCAUUGACCCCUCGUAUCAUCAGCACAAGGCUCCCGGGCUGGAGGAGGAGGAGGAUGGGGAGCUGGAGGAGAAGAGAGGCAGCCGAGGGAGCUUGGUCAGCAGCACCAAAGCCGGCGGCGACGGUGGUGGAGAUGGAGAUGGUGAUGAGGACCAUCGUGGUAUCGAGGAGGACCUUCAGAAGCAGCCUCUGCUGGGGGAGAAGGUGCCACAGCAGUUGGAGGAGAAGGAAGUUGGGGGUGGUGGUGGUGGGGGUGGAGGUGGUGGUGGUGGUGACAGCAGGGCAGGGGGUCGACACCGACGGUCUACGGGCGACUCUGGGAUCGAGGUGUGCGUGUGCGGUGGACGAGUGGGAGGAGGAGAGGUUGCCAGGGGUGGCGAUAUUCAGCCGUCGAGUUCGCUGGAGAUCCACGACGACCCCACCGGUGAACUCGAGCAGCUGCUGAGCGGUGAGGAAGGAAUGAACGGCGUCAGCCAUGUUGGAAGCGAUGGAAACAACAGCGAUCGAUGCAAUUGUGGCGAUGGCGGCGGCGGCGGGUGCGCUGUCGUCGCCAUUGGCGACGAUCACCAAGACAACGAUUGCGAGGCCAGUAACUGUCGCUCUGUAUCACAUGAAGAGCAACAGGUGGAUGCGGAGAGGAGGGGAGGAGGAGCGGCAGGGUCGCCCCACGCGCCCCCAUCGCACCCCCCACCACCCGUCUGCUUGCUCCUUCACACCAUCAACGAGCAGGAGGUGUCGCACUGCAACGGCAAGACGGAGUCGCACAGCUGAGCAUACAAAGUUUCCUCUAUCAGAGGAAAGAGAUUGAUGGAUAUAUACUACGUACAAUGGGGGAGAAAGACUGAUAGAUGGAUAGAGGAGAGGAGAGUCAGAGGGAGUUACACGAACCACAUUUCGUUACAUGCCUCAUCUAUGAGAGUACCUCAGAGAAGAAGAGAGGAGAGUCGGAGGGAGUUAUACGAACAGCAUUUCGUUCCAUGCCUCAUCAAUGAGAGUAUGUCCAUGUUCUCUCUCAGUAUGCAUGCCUAAGCAAUGAGCAGGGCCGCUGACAGCUUUUGUUGGGCCCAGGACAAAGUAAUCUGAAAGGGCCCCCCCAUUCAAUACAUUCAAUGUAAUGGAAAGACAAUUUUGGGCCCCCUCUCUACCGGGGCCCAGGACACAUUACCCCUUUGUCCCUCCCUGUCGGCUUCCCUGACGAUGAGAAGUGUCCCAAAUGUGUGCACACAACGACAAUCACGGGAGGAGAGGACAGACGGCUCGACUCUAGCGAUUUCUCCCACUCCUCAGGAUAAUGUCUGAGCGCUCUUGUACAGACUGACGCACCUUUUCCACGCUGUGCAUUCAUGUGUAUUUUUUUGCCACAGUGGCCUUUGAUGACACGUGUUGGUGAGGGAGUUCUCAUGGCCUUUUCCUCCUCUCCCUGCCUCAUCAUUUUUUGUACAGACACUGCACCACUGGUGACUUUAGAGUGUAUAUUGUGCAAAGCCUUUAUUGAUAACCCUCCCCCAACCCAACCCAAAAAAGACACCCCUAUCCUGGGUGGGGAGAUGACAUGCACCCAGCCGAUAGGUUAGGUGUUGAGAGUGUGCAAGGCUGGCAACCAAGCCCUUAUUGGUAACCUCCCAAUGCAAAAAAGAAUGUGUCCAGCCUCUCUUUUUGAGUGAGGAGUUAAACAGAGAGACGUUAAGAUGAAAGUAGAAAAUAAAAGCUGAAGGAGGUGUCAAUCCCUGGUUCGAACAGAAAAAUCCUGCCACAAACUUGAUCAUUCAACCAGCCAGCUCCAAUCAGCUGAUCCUCAAGAAGACAGGUAGACCAGUUACUCAGUGAAGACAUCUGUGGAGGAAGGGAAUUGUGGCAGGGUAUUGUUUUAGGUUCUGAACUAGGUUGUUGACACCUCUGAAAGCAGACAACAGGGAUGGACCAAAACAGCAUAGGCCCAAUCCUGGCUAAAUGUGUGUGAGGGCUCAACAGCGCCACCCAGUGGUGACAUUACAGCACUGGCGUUAAGUCCACUUUUGUGGCGUGUGUGUGUGUGUAUGCGUGUUUGUAGUGAGUAUGUGUGUUAUAUUGUGUGCAAAGGCAAGCACAAGUCAAAAUACCACCAGAGAAGUGCCUUUUUUUUCGCAGACCUAGUCCAAAGCUGUAUGUGACGUCAUUUAUUUGCACAAAAGGGUUUUUUUUUGUACAAAAAAAAGAAAACAAUGUGACCUUAUGUGAUUUUAUUUUCUUUCUUUUGCUUCUUGAAUGGAGAUUGGAUCGGGCACGUCAACCAAAAGCAAAAAAGAUUCCUGGGGCCUAUACUACAAAGCUGGUUCAGGAUAAGUUAAGUUUAAGUUAAGAGGUACAUCAUGUAAUACAUCUAAUUUUCUUAAGACAGUGAGGACUCCAGGCUCUUCUAUUAGAUGAUUUACCUCUUAACUUAACCUUAAUUUAUCCUGAACCAGCUUUGUAGUAUAGGCCCCGUGUUUUGCACUUAAAUUUGUUUUGUUUUUCCUCUGGCAGAGUCCGAUUACAUUUCUGUCCCAUUUGUGCACAAUGCUACAGUUGUACAAUCGCUGGGACUAUCUGCACAGUCUUAACAAAGAAUCUUCCAUUAGAGUAAGAUACAUAAGAUAAGAAGUAUAGAGCACAAAAUGUCACCAUUUGCGGACGAUAUUGUCUUUAUUUUAGAUCCUGAGUAUUCAGUCCCUCAUUUGCUAAAUACAAUUAACGAACUUGGUAUAUUCAGUAUAUAAGAAUAAGUUCAAUGCGAUUUUUAUGCACAUGACACCAACUAAAAAAAAUGCUUGCUUCGAGUGGAUUUAACCCCAAACCAAAAGGUUUUAAGUACCUAGGUGUAUUCAGCACUCGGGGUCUCGCGAGAGCCAGGCUAUAUUCAUUACCCCAGAAUUGGAUAAUUUAUUUCUAGAAAACUACACUCUCCUUUCUUUCAAGGUCAGAUCAGAAUUAGUAAGGUGGACUUUACAACCAUUAUCACUCUUAGGAAGAGUAAGAUACUUGAAGUCCAUUCUUUUCCUGUAUCCACGUGACGUCAAGGGGGAACGCCUUCAGUCAGGAGGUGCUUGCUUGUGUGGCCUCGUGUUUUGCUGACGCCCCGCCUCCGUGGAGAAAACAAUAAAGUUUCCUCGCUGUCACAACAGCUUUUGGAGGACUGUUCUUCAUUCACCAUCCUGAUUGUUAAAUGAGAAGAUGGCAUUAAAGGGGUAUGCCACUAUUUUGGGGCUUAAUACAGUUAAAGUC